AUGACAGUAAUCGAGCCAUUUUGGAAGCAGCCUUCCCACCCUGGUAUAUUGGCUGUGGAAGUAAACCCCGGUUCAUUUACCUCAAGGGCUAUAAGCUCACGGGCUUUUGCUCCCAACGAAGUGGUAACGAAGAUUACCGGCUACACUAAAGCCCAAAAUGUUGCUUAUUCAACAGUACAGGUUUCUGCUACUGAGCACAUUGAGUUAAACUCUGACUUGCUCUAUUGCAAUCAUUCGUGUGAUCCAAACGUCGUAUUUGACGUCUCUAAGUAUGAAGUGCGUGCAAUCAAGCACAUUGCGGUAGGAGAUGCAAUUACUUUCUUUUACCCUAGUAGUGAGUGGGAAAUGGCACAGUCAUUCAAUUGUACUUGUGGAAGUUCGAGUUGUUUAGGAUUGAUUUCUGGAGCCAAGGAUUUAGAUGCUAAGACAGUUCAAAAGUACUGGUUCAAUCAACAUAUUAGACAACUAUUAGCGCAAGUGCCUAAACCUUGA